UUUUUCUUUGAAAUCUUCAAUUUAUUUGACUUCAUAUUAUUGAGAUCAUUUCCAAUUUUUUGUGGGGUUUUGUCUUUUUUUUUUUUUUUUUUUUAAUAUAUUUUAUUUGGAUUUUUUUGACUUGAGUCCACUUUGUUCUCAGUCUUCAUUUCUAUCCUGUAGAUACUAAAGAUCAUCUUUUUUUUGGUGAAAUAAUUCCAUGGUAAUUAAGGAGUAGUUUGAGUGUUGAAUUGGAAGAAUGAUGGGAACUUACAAUGAGACUGAAGAAGAUAGUUUCUUUGAUAUACGUGACGAGACCGGUUCUCUCUCUGAUUUGGGUUCGGAUUGCUCUGAUGGUUGUACUACUCGUAAUGAGAUUUCUGAACGUGCUUUGGGAUAUGAAUUUUGGACUCAGGAUCCUGAAAGCGUCGAUGAACGCCGCCAUAGAUUCUUGAAAUGGAUCGGUUUGAACUCGGAUUGUGAAAGCGAGACGAAUGCUGAUAGAAUUAGGGAUGGCAAUGAGGCUGAGCUAGCGAAUUCUGAUUCCGAAAUCAAUUUUUUCUCCGGUCGAUCUUCCGAAUCUUUCGAGCCAAAUGAAGCUCUGGAAUUGGAGGAGGAUGCUGAAGAGGAUCAUCCAACAUAUGGGAGAAUUAGGAACCUGGACAAUGGAUCGGAGUUUGUUGCGGAUGAAGUAGGCAAGGAUGGCAUGCUUAGCCGACUACGUGAAGUAGGUACAAACAGGAUAUUCACUAUUGAAGAGUUUACGAGAAAUCUCGGUUCAUCGGCUUUGGUUCAACAGUUGCUGCAUAGAGAUUUUAAGGGAUUUAGUAUGGUUGAUACAAAGUCGAAAGUGGGAAGUUUGCUUCAAAAACUCACUGUUUCCACCCGACAUAAAGUGAGGUCAAAGGGAGUCGAAUCAACUCAAAGAGUUCGGGUCAACACCAGUAAGAAGGAGUCGAAAGAACUGUCCUCGCUUUACACAGGCCAAGAAUUUCUAGCUCAUGAAGGCUCCAUCAUAACGAUGAAGUUCAGUCCUUGUGGCCAAUACUUGGCAAGUGCUGGCAAAGAUGGCACUGUGCGGAUUUGGAGAGUAAUUGAAGAUGAGAUAUCUAAAAACUUCAAUGUUCAGGAUAUUGACCCUUCUUGUUUAUACUUCUCACUGAACCAUUUGUCCAAAUUAGCUUCUCUCAAUGACAAUAGAGAGAAGACCAACGGGAUGAAAAUGAUGAGAAAAUCAUCAGAAUCAACUUGUGUUGUCCUCCCGCCAAAGUUAUUCCGGAUAACGGAGAAACCAGUGCACGAGUUCCGUGGGCAUACGGGUGAAGUCUUGGCGAUUUCAUGGUCCAAAAAUGGGUAUCUGCUGUCAUCUUCUGUUGAUAAAACAGCUCGUCUUUGGCAAGUUGGACAUGAUAAAUGCCUUGGUGUCUAUUCGCAUAAUAAUUAUGUGACUUGUGUCGAAUUCAAUCCCAUGGAUGAUAAUUAUUUCAUUAGUGGCUCAAUAGAUGGGAAAAUACGUCUCUGGGAGGUGCAUGGUUCUCGAGUGGUUGAUUGGACUGAUGUAAAGGAAAUAGUGACUGCUGUUUGUUAUUGUCCUGAUGGAAAGGGUGGCGUUGUGGGAUACAUGGAUGGCAAUUGCCGUUUUUAUGAUGUUGUAGGUAAUCGUUUGCAGAUGGGCCUCCAGGUAUAUCUGCAAGGAAAAAAGAAGCUUACUAACAAGAGAGUAACUGGAUUUCAGUACUGCCCAGACGAUUCGAGCAAAGUCAUGGUUACUUCUGCUGAUUCGCAAGUUAGAAUACUUCGCGGAUCCAACAUCAUCAGUAAAUUCAAAGGAACUAAAAAUUUGGGUAGCCAGUGUCCUGCAUCAUUCACGUCGGAUGGGAAACACGUCCUCGCGGUCACUGAGGAUUCAAAUGUAUAUAUCUGGAACUAUAGUAAUGAAGGCGGAACAACAACUAGCCAAGCGAAGAAAGUCCGGUCAUCCGAGAAUUUCUUCUCCGGAAAUGCAUCAGUUGCAAUACCUUGGUAUGGUUUUAAAACCAAUCCAGGGACAACACUACCAGGAAGUGUUUUACCGAACGGGGAUGUCAACGAGAACUCGCUCCCAUCAAAGACUUCAUCUUUACAAGAUUGUUUCUCCUUGGGACGCGUAUCUUUCUUAGAUUCUCUAUUAAAGGUGGGCUCCGCGACGUGGCCGGAGGAAAAAUUGCCCGAUUCAAGUCCUCCUGCAACUGUGUCCCCUUCUAUAUGUAAAUCCGAAUACAAGAUCUUGAAGAGCGCUUGGCAAAACGCAUUGAGCUCAAGUCAUUUGUGGGGUCUCGUGGUUGUCACUGCGGGAUUGGAUGGUUGCAUUAGAACAUUCCUCAACCACGGGUUGCCACUUCGUUUCUGAGAUUCUUGUCCCGGGAUCUCGAAUUCUGCUGCAGACAAAAGCCUGUGAUUUUCCAUUUCGUUGCUUGUAAUUUUUUUAUCAAUUCUUGGUUCUGUAACCAAAAUUUGUUUUAACAAAAGAAAAUAUUAUAUUCUAUAGGUUAUAUUAGAUUUCUUUGUGCCUAGGGCAUGCUAGUCUAUAUAUAUGUACAAUCUAGCCAAAUUUAUCUUAGUAGCUGGAUCUACAAAGUUGUCAUUAUUACAGUAUUCAUAUAUAUAUGAAAGUCAUAGUACAUACAUUAUUAUUCAUUUGUUCAA